GGGGAGUUGGUAGGCUGUUGUAUUUUUGUGGUUCAUGAGCAUUGCAACGCACGUGCAGAUGGAUGGCGACAGUGACGACGAACGUGCAAAGUUGACAACAGUCGAGAAGACGGCCGUGGCGGCGGCUGUGACAGCUGUGCUCUUUCGUUGUCAGCAGGAGAGGGCAUUGGGCAGAAUGAGAGAGCAGAUCCGUGCACGGAGGAGGAAAACGCUUCAUCAAGUCCCAGUUGAAGGGCUGGAUACCGUGGCCAUCACCGAGGCUGCAGUUCAGGUUUGUUGCACCAUGGGUUGCAAUGUUCUUCCACGAGCGACGCCGAGGUGGUGGAUGAAAAGGAGGACGUGGAGGGCGUGGGAGGAUCUCAGGCAAUGCGAUGAUGUGGCGAAGGAGUACUUCUGGGAGAAGCUGCGUAUGUCGCCAUGUAUCUCCCGGUCGGUGGCGAUUGCAUUCAGUGUGGACGAACGCCCGCGGGAUGCGCUGCCGAUGUCGAUGUCGACUGCAGUCGUUGUCGAUCUCUCGUCUUCUCUGCUGGAGGCCUUUGAUAGAGGUCGGCCAUCAACGAUAGAGGAAGCAUAUGUGGAACAGGAGGACCACGACAAGCAAAAUUGUGACUAGGAGCAGCAGUGGCAACCUUCAAUGAAGGUCGGCCAUCAACAACACGUACGAUAGGCCCGUAAUUCU